CACGGCGCACAGCACAGCAGCGCUAUACAUUUGCUCGAUCAGUCUCUCCAUCGCAGUCGCAGGCCGCCAAGUGCAAGAAAUGGAGAGCGCAAGGGCGCCGGCCGGCGACGUGAACCUGGACCUGCGGCUCGUUCACCCAAUGGCGGCGGCGGCAUGGCGCCCGCACCCGCAGACGCCGGUGGCCGCCGACCGGACCUUCUCGUGCACCUACUGCCGGCGCAAGUUCUACAGCUCGCAGGCGCUGGGCGGCCACCAGAACGCGCACAAGCUCGAGCGCAGCCUCGCCAAGCGCAGCCGCGAGCUCUCCGCCGCCAGCCAGGUGGCGAUCGCCUCCUCCAGCGCCGCGUCUUCCCCGCCGCCCUCCGACUUGAUCAGCUGGUAUACGCCGGGAGGCGGGGAUAGUGGCCAAGCUACAGGGUCGGCCGCCGCAGCCGCGGCCGUCGUCAGCUGGAUCGCCGAUGGCGGGCGCCGCCGCUACGUUCAUCGCGUGCACGCGGCCGGCAACGGGGAAGACGACAUCGAUCUGUCGCUCAAGCUGUAAGACGCACGCACGCACGCCCGCGUAUGGAGUGGACUAGAAUGCAUCUAGUAGCUUGUCCGUCCGUACGCUAUAGUUCUACUUCUACUACGUACGUACGUCAGUUGUUUCUGUACGUGCAGGUACGGCACGACGUUAUUUGUUGUUUAAAUUCUUUUAUUCAAGUCCAGUUUGUUGGCCGGGUUGAUUAUACAAUAAACCAGUACCCCCUACGUACGUACAUAUAGAAGCCACCAUCAUAUCAUAGUAACCAAAUCAGCUAGCGUAUGAUGCUUUUGCGUUGCUCCCUUUUCGAAGGCAUUGAUCAGAUUUGCUCCGACCUAUUCUUCAAGAUGAAAACCUAGAAUUUAAUGGUUGGAUCCGAUAACGGAUGCGCUUGAGCGUCAUUUUCUUUAUAAAGACGUUGUUGUUGAAGAA